AUGUCCUGUGACGCCUCCAACCAUCACCAAGGAUCCCGAGAGAGGCCUGACGGCUGGAAUAGAAAUUCUCAAACAGAUGAUGACACUCACGUUCUGGAUCAUCGGCAGAUUCACCCCGCCCGUUGCGGCACUGACGUCGAUGUGCCUUGCUCCUACGGCACGAGCGACGACUUCCUCGGCGACGAACAGUCCAGGAGACGCAAGCGAGGGCCACAGCAACCAGAAGAACCGGCCGCAAAGCGGCUUCGCGUUGCCUCUGCAUCGGCUAUGGAAGGUUCCUCCACAGCCCUUCGCUCCCAUUUCCUGUCGCUACAGCUCGACGAGCGUCUGCAGUUCCUUUCCUGGCUGUUUGAAGGUGCUUUGGCGAGUUGCAUGCCCGACUCAGCGCCGGCAAUAUGGGGAGACGAGUGUGUGCGGCCAACCGGUCGCUCGGCUCCUCACAAGGUUGGAAAAACUCAGCGUGAGCGCGGCGAGGGGAGAAAGGGCCACAGAGACAGGCUGUGGCGAUGGCUCCCCGAGGAUGACGCACGGCUCCUGAGCAUGAUAGAGGAGUGCCGACCCUGGCCGGAGAUAGAGAGGCGUUUUCCAGAAAGGACGGAAUCGGCGCUGCGCCAGCGGGUGUCUACGCUUCGGAAACAAGAGAGGGGAAUGCGUACGGCCGAAUCCGCCGGUGUCACAGCCGAAUCUGCAACCCCGGAGGGUGAGGGUAGGGUGGCCUUGAAUAAAACCGGAGAAGCCGAGCCCGCCUGUCCAUCGCACUGCCAUGCGAUCCCCUCUUCUACUCCGGAGCGACAUCCCGCAUCAACGCCCCUUUCCGCCAUCCUGAUACGCAAGCUGUACGUCAACGGAGAGGUAAAAUCCCGUGACCUCUCCUUCGGCCGUUGGGUAUAUAUAUGGCCUUCUCCCCACACUCUAACUCCAUAUUUCUCUCAAUUCCUUUUCCACUCUCCAUCCACCGUCGCAAGAAACUCACCGAGGGUUCCUGUUUGCGUGGCCCCAAGGCGACCCAACAUCAACGAGCGUUCAGCCAUGGCUUCUACCGAAGCUGAACCCCGCAGCACCAUCGUCAUCAACGACGAUACAGAUGCAGAGACGGACGCACCUCGGUCCCCGCCGCGAGAGCUACGGAGAAAGAGACGCCUUGUGGACUAUAGCCUCCCGGAGUAUGAGGCUCUGUUUGAUGGCCCAGCGCUCCUCAAUUCCUCCGCAUCCACAACAUUACAGCCGCUGGAGAAACGCACAAUGCCCAACCUGAAAGUAGUUCUGCAAUGGGUAAAAACUUACCCAGGCUCAAGAUAUUUCCAUGAAAGGGACCUACAAGAAGAAGUGCAGCGCCUGAAGAAGUGGAACACCGAGCUAGAAAUCAAACACCGUGCAGAGCUGAUCGGGAACAAUGAGGAGAUCCGCAGGCUUAAGGCUGAGGUCAUCGAGCUGGAGCAUCGAUGCCAAUGCCCAAUAUGCUAUACCAUCCCUUCAGAGUGGAAAACCCUCCUGUGCGGACACAGGGUUCUGUCCAGGGUGUCUCUCUCCUGA